CGUUGUCAUUAUCCACUUCCGCUGUCGGAACCUUGUAAGUCAUGGGGAAAUGAAGGCGGUCUUCGUUCUAAGGGAAGGAAACGAGCUGGCUCAAAAUGCUGGGGAGGACGAGAGGGUCAGAGGAGAAACUCCCGAGCUUGUAAUUCCACAUUGCCAAUAAAUCAGACGUCGUGCUUCUAUUGCCGAGAUAAUAAUUUGCUUGCGAGUUUGUCAAAUGCACGUGGCGAAAUGCACAUGGAAUGAUUUUAAUAAGAACAUCCGCGAUUCGGACUGUGGUAAAGGAGGAGGAUCCAUCCGAACAUGGUUAGACUGUACUGUAGUGUGCCUGUUUGACGUGGUAGGGGUGUUGACCGCGCACGGUGCAAGAGAGCGUCACAUGGCGCCGGGGAUCCCCGAGCGAGCGCCAGGAACGACAUCUGAUUCGAAUUUGUCGUCAUCGAGCGUCGUCCUUCGUCGUCCUGUGGCGCCGUUCAAUGUGGCAUGAGCAAUUCUGCGUCCAUGGUGCCCGGGAUUUCUGCACCGCCUGUGAAGAGUUCUCGCACGACAUCUCACUGAAGACGCACGGGGCCGGUCUCGUUCGCUGUGCCUGCAGGGGGGCAUCGGAUGCAGGCAUGAGACUGCUGGAGUGAUUGCAUUGCCUUGCACUGUUCUGCACGGACUGAUACAGCGAGAGUGGAGCAGCCAGAGGGAGGGAGGGAGUGAGGCAGGCAGGCAGGCAGGCAUGGCGGGGUCUAUGGUCUUUUCGCAGGCUUCCUCUGCCCUGCAAAUCCCACCUUGCUGCGUCGUCAGGAGAGGAUUUCAAGAUGGUUUUCCAAUUUCCGCUUCUUCACAUCUUGCUCCGGUGCAAUUCGCUCGGCCCGACGUUUCUUCAGCUGGAAGCUGCCUCCAUUCCAGCAGGCUGCGUAAUUCUUCACUUUCUUCCUCGCGCUUGUGCCUGCUGGGACCAUGGAGAUUAGCGGCAAGUGUUCAGUCAUUAUCACAAACUAUUUCCCCGAGGAAACAACCGGCGCGGAGUAGUCCAUUUAGAAGCUGGAAAGCAGAGCUUAAACCAGAUUUCGAAGAAUCGUCUUUUCCUGCCUCUGGUCAAAGCACUCCCUUCAAAGUGAAGUCCAGUUCGGGAGAUGUUCAAAAUGUGACUGAUCCUGACAGCGAGGACAGUACGUUUUCGAAUCUUGUUGGCGAAGAUGCAGGUGUAUUCGACGUCAAGGAUCAAAAGACGUCAUCUUGGAUAUAUUUUACUCUUGUGCUGGGAGUCGUUUUGGCUAUUUUGUAUGUUGCCUGGCUGGAUCCAAAUACAGGCUACGGAACGGCAUUCGUGGAUGCUUUGGCUUCCUUCAACGCCAAACAUGAGGUGGUGAUGCUGGAAAUCUUAUUCAUCUUUGCGUUAGUUCACAGUGGUGGUGCAAGUUUACGUGCAUCCGGGGAAAAAUUGAUUGGCGAGCGUGCUUAUCGAGUCUUGUUUGCUGGAAUAUCACUUCCUCUUGCUGUCUCUGCAGUGGUGUAUUUUAUCAAUCACAGAUACGAUGGUGUCCAGCUCUGGCAAGUUCGAGAUGUCCCCGGUGUCCACGAAUUCUGCUGGAUUAUGUCUUUCAUCUCAUUUCUGUUCCUCUAUCCCUCUACAUUCAACCUAUUGGAAGUUGCUGCGGUAGACAAGCCCAAAGUGCACAUGUAUGAGACAGGAAUCAUGAGGAUCACAAGACAUCCACAAAUGGUGGGGCAGUUUUUGUGGUGCCUUGCACACACCCUAUGGAUCGGAAACUCUUUUACAGUCAUCACUUCUUUGGGCUUGCUCGGCCAUCAUCUCUUCGGUGUUUGGCACGGAGACAAGCGUCUAGAAGCCAAAUAUGGGGAAUCGUUUGAAAUUGUGAAGAAGCGCACGAGUGUUGUUCCCUUUGCUGCAAUUUUAGACGGUCGACAACAGCUCCCGGAUGACUAUUAUAAAGAAUUCAUGCGAGUUCCCUACUAUGUGAUAGUCGGAUUCACUGUAGGCGCAUACUUAUCACAUCCUUUAAUCCAGUGGGGUAGCCACUACUUAGGUUGGUAGGUUCACCAAGUUGCCACAUGUAAUUUAUGUCCGUGAAGCACAGCAAUUUUACCGCCUCUAUCUCCAUCUAAUUUAGUGCGGUUUAGGUUGGCAAGAUUUUGUAAUAUAAUUAUAUGAAGUGAGCAAAGCCGAAUCCCUUGCUUUGUGCAUACGAUAUGGCAGUUUCAGACUGUCUACUUACUGCAGCUUUGAUUCCUGGGUAUUACAUGGACUGAGACUUGUGAAGACUAGUAAUUUUCUAGUUAGGCCUUUUGUCUUCUCCCUCAUCUAGAGGUGGAUUUGCACCGAGAAUGGCGGCGUAUGAAAGCUGAAACCAGUGUUGAAACAGGGCGGGAAAUCGAUCCUUCCCACACGUCUUUUGGUACUGUUACACGGAUGCGUGAACCAGAUAAUAAAGUAUUGAUCAAUCAUUUCCAAAUCAGCAGUGUUUAAGAAAGGAAUGGCUACGAGGUGACAAACUGAGACUUCUUCUCUCUAGUAAAGAACUGUGUUCUUAUUCCAAUGAAGGUCUAUGAUAAUCCGUGU